UUGACUCGAGCAGUUUUCCGCUCCCCUGAGACCGAAGUGAAGAUGCUCUCCCCGCGUAUCCAGUGCGCUUUUGUGCUCCUGUAUUUAGCUUUGGCUGUUAGCAGUUUAUCUGGGGCGCUACCAGACAUCAGACUCCACCAGUUGCUUCAAGGAUCGCCCAUCGCAUCAGCAGGCAAACAGGAUCUUGCCAGAUACACUCUCGGAGAGCUUUUGACGGAGUUCGCACGGUCAAACAACGAGGCGCUGGCGUCCGACGACAUCGUGCGCGGAAACGAGCAGGAGGAGCUGCGGAUGGAGGUGGAGCGUGACACGAGCGACUUGCUGGAUCCGCGCGCACGCAAAGCGGGGUGCAGGAAUUACUUCUGGAAGGGUCCGACGGCCUGCUGAUGUCGACAGAGCAAC